AAACUUCAUAGUAUACAGCUCAGCUUACCAAAUUUCAACCUUGCCGACUGGCGGUUUCAGUUUACAUAGCUUCACCAGCCACCUAUCGAUUGCUUUCACGAGGGAGCGCUGCGCCGCGCUUGUGCUGCUAUACCCAGCUAUAGAUGUCGUGUAAGGGUCUGCUGGCCAAGUAUGCAGAGUGCAUUCGGAAGACGGAGUGUAUGGCGGUGCAAAAGCGGGAUCUAAAAGACUGCAUGGCAGAUAAAGCGCCCGAAUGUGAAACAUAUCGCUACGCCCUGUAUCAGUGCCGGCGAGGCCAAGUGGACGCGAGGAGCCGGAUCCAGGGCAACAAGGGCUAUUAGCGCCAGCCGGCUUCUCGUGCAGAUGCCCGCCAGACAGCUUACCCACGCAAUUGGGGCAUGGCUUUGGUUUUCCUGCGGUGUGGCACAAGUACACUUGUCACGCAGGUGGCGUGCUGCCGAAUCACAUGGGCAUGACCGCUACCGGAUGCCGCUGGGUGUGAAGCAGUCAUACGUGCAGAAAGUGCAUGGGGCUGAUGCUGUUGUAAAUGCGACGUCAAGGUAGGACAGUCCUUUGAAGGACCACCUGCGGCCCAAGCUGCUAUGAAGGGCUUGAAUGCGCCGUCGAGCCCGCAGAGGGAACAGUGCAUACGGCGGGAGGAUCAGGAAGGAGCAGCGAACAAUGCCAACUAGGCUUUGCCGGAGCCUGUCACAUUCCUGUGCAUACUGGAUCCACGUCCGCGCUCUCCGUGUGCUGUGUGGAGGGGUGUGUCUGCAAGUGUAUGGAUGCAAGCAACAAUCUGAGCUGCAGUAAAGAUUGACAGAUGGAAGAACGCCUGCAAGGUGGCGAGCUGCUUGGGCUGAAUAGGACGUACGGUUGCAGGGUACCGGUACGGUUUGGGGGCCCCAUCACCAAAUCCAUGACACGGUAUAAUUACGAAGAAUUAUUAGACAAGUGUUCCCCGGUCACGGGAAAAGGGGCUGAGCCCCUCAACAAUCUGAGG